AUGGGAGGAGAAGUGGAAGGGGAACGGGCUGCAGCCAGGCUGGCGACCGCAGUGCUACAGCUGGAGGAGAGCCGGGCGGCACAUGCCCCGCUAAAUCUGCACUCGUCAGCAGAGUGGGAUGAGCUGGCGGCCAGGCUAGAGACCGCUGAGCAGCAAUUGGUGGAGAGUCAGGCGGAAGAGGCCAAGAUGACGGAGGAGGUGAAGAAGAAGGUAGCGCAAGCAGAGCAGCUAGUGGUGGUUUCCAAGUAUAUGGAGGCGAGACGGGCGGCAGAGGCCCAGUUGAGGGAGGAGGUGAAGGAGAAGGUGGCGCAGCUGCAGACGCAGCUGUAG